AUGCUGCUUCGCCGUCGGCUGCUCCAGCAGGUUGGCAUGGCCGCCAGCGCUACCUUGAAGGACCAGUACGCCUCCUCCGGAAGUAGCAUCAAAGACGCCGACAAGAAAACGAGGUCUCGCACCUCCCUGCAGGUGUCACUCUCUACCGAUAAGUCUGGUGAGCUGUGCCGACUGCUGAGCGUCUUCAAGCCACACAACAUCAACAUUAGCCAAGUAGCCAACCGUCCUCGCGCCUACGAAAAUAAAGCGCCGCUGCGCACCAUCUUCCUCGAUGUGGAGGCCUACAUUGAGGACCAAAACAUGAAGAAGGUCAUGGCGGAGCUGCGCGAAACAUUUCCCAAUGUCGUCGUGGCCGGAUCGUGGGUAAUCCCAUGGUACCCGACGGAGCCCAAAGACCUCGACGAGCUUGAUCAGAGCACGCUCGCCGCCGGCGAGGAGCUGCAAGAGGACCCGGAGAAUCCCCACCCUGGCUUCCACGACGAAGUCUACCGCGCCCGCCGCCGCGAGAUUGUCGGCCUUGCUAAGAACUACAAAACUGGGGAUAAAAUCCCGAUUGUGAACUACACGGAAGAGGAGAACCGCGUGUGGAGUGUAGUCUACGACCACCUCACCCGCCUGUACCCGACGCAUGCGUGCCAGCAGUACAACUACGUCUUUCCGCUGCUUCUCGAAAGCGGAGUACUGAGCCGAACCCAAAUGCCACAGCUGCGCGACGUGAGCGACUUCUUGAACGAGGCGACCGGCUUCACAGUGCGCCCCGUGACGGGGCUUCUGACGUCGCGCGACUUCUUGAAUGCCCUGGCAUUCCGUGUCUUUUACAGCACCCAGUACAUUCGCCACGCAGCGCAGCCGCUCUACACGCCGGAGCCGGACAUGGUGCAUGACAUCAUUGGUCACCUGCCUCUGCUCUCCGACCCUGACUUCGCCAAGUUCACCCAGACGAUUGGUCUCGCCUCCCUUGGCGCCAGCGAUGAGCUGUUGGGGAAGCUGGCAAAGGUCUACUGGUAUAGCGUUGAGUUCGGCCUCUGCAGUGAGGGCGGCCGAUGCAAAGCCUACGGUGCUGGUAUUCUAUCAAGCUCUGGGGAGUUAGAGUACGCGCUGAGCGACAAGCCGGAGCGCGUCCCGUGGGACCCGACAGUGGCCUCCAUCACGCCGUUCCCAAUCACCAAGUACCAGCCGCGGUACUUUGUAGCCGAAAGCUUCCCGGAUGCGCAGCAUAAAUUGGAGGCGUGGCUCAGCUCGCAGGAGAAGCCGCUGUACACGGUCUACAACUCGUACUCGCGGUGCGUGCAGUCGUACCCGAAGAAUACGUGGCACAUGCUCCAGGAACAGAUGAAGCGCACGAACUUCACCUUCUGA